UUUUAUUUGUCUAUGAAAUGAUUGCAUUGUAAAUGUAUUUUCGUUGUUCCGUGUUCGUAGAUUUAUUAAAAAAAUAUAAAUUAACAAAUAAUAAAUUCGAAAGUUUUCUUGUAUAACCAUGAGUAUAAAGAGAGUGAAUAAUGCAUUACAUUUGUUAUUACAAUAUAUAAAGUGAUUCAUCUGAAGAUUAGUAUUAUGACAAGUCGAUAUUAAAUUACUUUUAUGUUUGUGAUUGUGUAUUACUUCGAUAAUGAUUGGUUAGGAUUAAUGUGGUAUGGCACUUGUAACAAUUCGUCGUACUCCGAGCGUGCAAACACCAAAGAAAACGGAUGAGGAAGAAAAAUCAACUGAAGCUUCCGAAGACGAUGCUGGGAAUCUUGCCAGCAAAAGUCUCAAUGAGUGCUACUUCGCUAACAAGGGCGCGGCGCUGGUGCUGGGAAGCGCGGAUCAGGGCUGCGCGGACCGCCGCCGCUCGCCCGCGCGCCCGCAGCCUCAGCCGGACAUUCACAACCACCUACAGUCAAUGUUUUAUUUGGUGCGCUCGGAAGAAACGCUCAAAAUGGCGGUGAAACUGGAGAGCGCUCACCCUGGACGCACGCGGUACCUGGUUGUGGUGUGUCGCGACGACGAGGCCGCGCUGCUGGGCAUCGACUGCAACGAGCGCACCACGGUCGGGCUCGUGCUGCGCGUGCUGGCUGACACGUCCAUUAAACUAGACGGAGACGGAGGGUUCAGUGUGUGCGUGUGCAACCAGCAACACAUAUUCAAGCCAGUGUCUGUGCAAGCCAUGUGGUCGGCGCUGCAGACGCUGCACCGGGCGAGCGCGCGCGCCCGCUCGCUCAACCACUUCGCGGGCGGCGCGUCGCACGCGUGGUGCGCGCACUACGACGGCUGCGUCAACUCGGACCGCUCCUGCCUCAACGAGUGGAACGCCAUGGACUGCCUCGAGUCGCGCCGCCCGCCCUCGCCCGACUCGCUCAGGCUCAAGCCGCGCGAGAGGGACGAGACGGAGCGCGUGAUCCGCUGCACGCUGAAGGAGAUCAUGAUGAGCGUGGACCUCGACGAGGUGACCAGCAAGGCCAUCCGCGGCCGCCUCGAGGACGAGCUGGACAUGGACCUGGCCGAGUUUAAGUCCUUCAUCGACCAGGAGAUGCUCACCAUCCUGGGCCAGAUGGACGCGCCCACCGAGAUCUUCGACCACGUCUACCUCGGCUCCGAGUGGAACGCGAGCAACUUUGAGGAGUUGCAAAGAAAUGGGGUCCGACACAUACUCAAUGUGACAAGAGAAAUAGACAAUUUUUUCCCGGGUAUGUUUGAUUACCUAAAUAUUAGAGUUUACGACGACGAUAAGACUGAUCUUCUAAAGCACUGGGAUAAUACUUUUAAAUACAUAAAUAAAGCUAGGAACGAGGGCUCGAAGGUUCUCGUGCACUGCAAAAUGGGAAUCAGCCGCUCCGCCUCCGUCGUGAUCGCCUACGCCAUGAAGGCCUUCAACUGGCACUUCGACAAGGCUCUCCGGCACGUCAAGAUGAAGAGAAGCUGCAUCAAGCCGAACACUAACUUCCUGAACCAGCUCGAGACUUACCAGGGCAUCCUGGACGCCAUGAAGAACAAGGAGAAGUUGCAGCGGUCGAAAUCCGAGACCAACCUGAAAGCGCCAAAGUCAUCCUCGAAAUCAGAGAACAAAAUAACGGAUCCCACUCCUCUAGCGCUAGCUCUGACCGGGUCGUACACGGGCCGGCCGCGCUCCUGGUCGCCCGACUCCAAGCUGGCCGGCGAGCUGCUGCCGCCCACCUCCGUGUCGCUGGAGAACCUCGCCUCCGAGACGCGCCACAUGCUGAUGCCGUGCGCCGGCGGCAGCUACAGCGUGUCGCCCAACCAGAUCAUGCGCCUCAAGGAGCAGGGCGCGCCCAGCGUGCGCGUGCUCGUGCACGAGAUCGAGCGCCGCGAGCCCCCGCGCCGGCCCGCGCGCCUGCCCUUCGCCGACCCCGCCGACGACGCCGACGACUUGCUCAAGAGCGACAGUGGCAUGAUCGACGGGAAGGGAAGAGCGUGCGACGGCGCGUGUCCCGACGACGCGCCGCCGCCGAGCAGGCAGAGUUCGUGGAGCUCGUUCGACAGCGCCGUGGUGCCCGACCUGUCGCGCCACUCCUCCUGGGGCUCCGGCGACACGCGCGCCGCGCGCCCGCCGCCCGCGCCGCGCGACGAGCCCGCGCCCGACCUCGGCGUCAUCCGCGAGCUCGCCGAGCGGCCGCGCCCGCCGCGCGACCUCGCCGCCAACGAACGCAAGUUCAACGAGACCUGUGCCAUACUCGCGGAGCUGGCGCGCGCGGAGACGGCGCGCGGGCGCGGCGCCUGCACGUGGGGCGGUCGCCUGUCCGCCUCCGCGCCCGCCGACACGUGGCUGCGCGUGGGCCCGCGCCGCCGCCGCCUGGCCGCCGCCUCGCACGGCGACCUGCCGCGCGCCGCGCCCGCGCCCCGCCCGCCGCCCGCCGGCCUCGUCAGCAACCUCAAGAAGGAGUUCGAGGCGCGCUCGGAGCCCGAGCCGCCGCGACCGGCGGGCGCGCGCGGGCGGCCGCCGGCGUCGCCGCCCGCGCCCGCGCCGCCCGCCGAGGACCUGUCGGUGCGCGUGCUGGUGGGCCGCUACGACGCGCCGGGCCGCACGCGCAGCGAGUCGGGCGGCGAGCCGAGCCGCGCGCGCGCGCCGCACGAGAGCUCGUCCAAGAAGAGCCGGCUGACGGCGGAGGGCGAGCGCGGCGCGCGCGCGCGCGGCUCGCAGUGCGGCGCGGCGGGCGAGCGGCCGCCGGCGGCGCCCACCGUGCUCGCGCUCGCGCCGCUCGACUACUCGAAUGUGGUGGUUUCAACUGUGAUGUCGAAAGCUCAAAACAAAAACAAUUGCAGCAUGGGAAAACCCAUCCGUUGACGAGGCUCAACUUGAACCGGUCGAAUAAUAGAUGUUCGAAUCCUGUGUAUAAUACUAUGUAGUAGUUGUAGUCCGAGAGCCGGUGGGACGUUUUGCCUCUGUUGAAUACCUCUUCAAAACUUUCUAUCGGCUCCUGGCUAUUAGUGUUGUUUUAUUUAUUAUGAAUUCUUGCCGAACUGGAUAUUUUAUCUUUCUAGAGUUUUAUAUACUAUUUACAAAAUGAAAUCACAGUGUAUUUGUCUAUCACAGUAAAUGUAUAUAAACGCCUGUUUGUGAGUAGAGACUUUUAUAAAGAGACCCUUGUUUUUAUUGUUCAGUCGUGUGACGAAGGUUACGUCGUCGUUGGCGUCGGCUCAACCCGCGCUCGUCAGCGUGACGGCGCAUUGGUUUCUCAAAGUAGUGGCUGGCUCUUGGUCCGAACUGACAAAUAGUUUGAAUGUCAUCACUGUGAUAUCACUUUCAUCGUGAUCAAGGUCCCGGCCCGCGUGAACUGAUGCCAAGCUGCGCGUAACCUCCGUCUACAGCACAGUGAAUUGCGAUCAAUAAAAAAACAAUGUUCAUCCAAA